AUGGAUGACUCCAGUGCUAGGAGGGAAGGUGCUAGACCAGCUGGUGAAACCGAGUACUCCACUGACCUGACGGGAAAACUGGUGCGGCCCCGCUUCACACAGCCGGCCAAAAUGAGAAAGCGUGUGAUCGCCCGGCCAGUGGGGAGCUCAGUAAGGCUCAAGUGCACCGCCAGCGGCAACCCCAGACCUGACAUCGUCUGGCUGAAAGACAGCAGGCCUCUGACGCCCGAGGAGGUGGGCGAAGGCCGAAAGAAGAAGUGGACUCUCAGUCUGAAGAAUCUUACACCUGAACACAGCGGCAAAUACACGUGUCAUGUGUCCAACCGUGCCGGGGAGAUCAACGCCACCUAUAAAGUGGAAGUCAUCCAGCGCACAAAUUCCAAGCCCAUCUUGACAGGAACUCAUCCAGUAAACACUACAGUAGACUACGGUGGCACCACAUCUUUCCAGUGUAAAGUACGCAGUGAUGUCAAGCCGGUUAUCCAGUGGCUAAAGAGGGUCGAACCAGGAGGUGAGAACAAAUACAACUCCACCAUUGAGGUCGGAGACCAUCGCUUCGUUGUGUUGCCCACGGGUGACGUGUGGUCACGACCAGACGGCUCCUAUUUGAACAAGCUACUUAUCACUCGAGCCAAGGAGGAGGACGCUGGCAUGUACAUCUGCCUUGGGGCCAAUACCAUGGGCUACAGCUUCCGCAGUGCCUUCCUUACUGUUCUUCCUGACCCAAAGCCGCCAUUCUCCCCGAUCCCGUCUGUUCUGCCUCCCAGCCUUCCCUGGCCCGUCAUCAUUGGCAUCCCGGCGGGAGUGGUCUUCAUUCUGGGCACCGUCCUGCUCUGGUUCUGCCAGUCCAGAAAGCACUGUUCCUCAGGAGCCAUAAUCUCAGCCCAGACCUUACCCAACGGCCACCGGCAGCUGCCCAGAGAGCGGGCGCUCACGGCUGCCGAUAAAGACUGCAUCGGCUCCGUCACCUACGAGGAGUAUUUGGCUCAGCAGCAACAACAACAGCUUCUGCUGGCCCAAGCUGCUCCCAAAGUCUACCCAAAGAUCUAUUCAGACAUUCACACACAUACUCACUCGCACGUGGACGGCAAAAUUCACCAGCACCAACACAUCCACUACCAAUGUUAGCCUUCACACUUACAGUCCACUGGUUCAUUCUUCACAUAUCUCUUCAGUCUCUGACCCAACAUUUUGUCACCAAAAUAGGGCAGCGUUUUGGCCUUCAGAAUGGGCAAGGGCUUCCUCAAACAAACAUUUCUGCUCAAAACCUAGAGAACGGAAAGACAAUUGAGCCACGUUGUUGCAGUCUAAACAGUCCCUCGCUCUGAAUACCGCAAGCAUAAAGACAUUAUGAGCAGUGGGGUGGAAAAGGGCAAGGCUAGCGAACAAAUGAUGAUAUUUGAGUCUGUUUUGAAAUGGAGAAAUCUUUCACAGAAACACUGCUGGCAGAGCAAACACUUUUGCAGAUUUGUAUGGGACAAAAGACACAAAUGUAUUGUCUCUUCAAUCUGCGAUUCAGCCACGAACUGAUGCUACGGUAUUUUAAUACGAUUUUUUCAGAAGCCCAUUGACUAAUCUUGUGGAUGGGGCCAAAAAUAUUUUUUGGAUUAGCACCAAAUCUCAGUGAAUCGUUCGUUUGCAUGCAUAAGAAAAUUGUUUGCAGAUAUUGAGAGAUCCAGUUACAGUAUAUUUCCUGUAACAGUUUAUAUCUUUUAAGACCGAUUGAAUGCAUGAGAGCGUAUGUUCGUGUUGUUUUUGCAGGUAUGGUGUACCAUGUUUCAAAUUUAAGAAAUGGUGUAGGUUCAGUCUAGUUUUCUAACUGUUUCUUUAAUGGAAAAAUAGAAUAUCCUUGAGCUCUGGUUAUAUCGUAACUAAAGAUAUGAUGAGAUUUUGGCAUUGUACGUACUGGCGAGGGUUCAUUAACUUUGUGCUUUUAUUUUCAGGGCCUACUCUGAAUAACCUGAGGUACCGCAAUCCCAUAGUUCCUCUAUGGCCUUGUUUUUUUUUUUGUUUUUUUUUCAUUUUUUGUGAAAGGGGAGUUGUAGUUUCAUAAGCUUGACCACUAUAUUGAAGACUGUGUAAAAUGCCUUUGACUGCUCAUGUAAUGGCUCCCCUUUAAUAUUUACAGAAGUGAGUCAGAGUUUCAAAAACAAACGUUAGACUGAAACUCAUUGUCCGUGCAUGUGUUUACCGUGAUGUUCAUGGUAAAAGGUUGAUGCUGAAAGGACUGCGGGAAUACAGGAAUGCACUUAUCCCAGACAUCUGCUAGCUACUUCAGCAUAACAUUCUUUGAAAUUCAUUGCCCCUGUUAGUUUAAGAAAGCCAGCCAAACCUUGUAAAACUUUAGUGAUUCUAAAAUAGGUAAUUUAUUUGUAAGCAAUGUUUUGAUGCUUUGAAUUGGGCAUUAUCUAGAUGUUUUAAACCAAAUACGAGUAUGCAUAGCAUUGUCUUCCCUUAGCUGCAGUGUAAGCUAUGUAGCAUAUAUCAAGUGUUAAAUAGUUAUGUGCUGUUGAAAAAAAUAACACAACGGUCCUAAGUAGUUAUCUCUGUAUGGACAAUCUUGUACAGUCUGGCCUGUUUUUAUGUUAAAAAAAAAUAUGUUUGUCACAUUGAAACAUUAAAAUCAUUUUAUAAUUAUCAUAAAAUGAUAAAGCUCUUGUUC